AUGGCCAACGCCCAGGAUGAAGCAACAACACUCUACGGCUGGACAGCAGUCCCCCGCGAUCUCGCAGCCCUCAUCCAAACCUCUACUUCAAUAAGAAACCCAGUACCCGUCUACCCCACAAAUACUCUACCCAUUGCAAAUCCUGUCUCCCAAAAAGCAUUCCAACACGCCCGUGCCUCCCUUCCAAAACCCACUUUCCACCACAGUCUCCGUGUCUUUUACUACGGUGUCGCAAUUGUAAAACAUGCCUUCCCUUCAUGGCUCACUCCUUCCUUUGAGGAAACAUACUUUAUAACAUGCAUGUUUCACGAUAUUGGAACAACACCAGAGAACAUCUCUGCGACCAAGAUGUCUUUUGAGUUCUAUGGUGGAUAUCUGGCCAAGGAGGCGUUGACGGAGUGGGGAGGUGAGAGAGGGCAGGUAGAAAGUGUUGUGGAGAGCGUAAUUAGACAUCAGGAUGUGGGCACGACGGGAACGUUGUCUAGGAGUAAGUGUUUUUUAUGCGUUUCAAUAUCUGUUUAAUUGACGAAAAUGGAAGCUAAUGUGUCGUAUAGUGGGUGCUUCAAUUCAACUAGCAACACUCUUUGACAACGUUGGUCAAAACCCCGAACUUAUCUCGGAAGGGACUAUUGAGCACGUAGUAACCACGUACCCUCGUCUUGGAUGGAGUGAGUGCUUUGCGGCCACGAUUCAGCAGGAGAAUGAGCUGAAGCCAUGGUGCCAUACGACACACCUUGGAAAACGCGAUUUCCCCGAGAGAGUUCUGGGCAACAAAUUGAUGGAGAAGUGGGAUAAAACUGGAUUGUAGGUUGGCCUGGUGGUUGCAAAAGAGGUGACAGCGAGAAGAGAGGCUGUGGCUUCCAUUCUGAGGAAUCAAGGUAUUGCAGGUCAUUUCUAUGCUCCUCAGGGCGUAGAGGAAAAUCGUUGGUCGGACUUUGCGCUGCUCCAGAUCCUGGAAAUAAUUUGUAGUUGCU